CGCAGUGCAGGGACAAUGGCUUGCGUCAGCGCGGUCGAGGAACAGCUUCCGUUCGCUUCUUCAUGGCCCUCGAAGCUUGGCCAGCGAGUGGGAGAGCAGAGCUCGUAUAUAACGCGCCGCUGCCGACCCAUCCACAAGCAGUUACCGAUCAGCUUCACCAUGAAGGUAUUCGUGUGCUUGUUAGCGUUGGCAGUGGUCGCGAAGGCCGGGUAUAUCGGCGGCGGCGGCGGAGGCUGGUCGGGCGGUGGUGGCGGCGGCUACGGUGGGGGCGGAUGGUCCGGCGGCAGCAGCGGCUGGUCUAGCGGCGGUGGCGGAGGCGGAGGCUACGGCGGCGGCCACGGCGGCGGUGGACAGGUGAAAAUCAUCAAAAUCAUCACCACCGGCGGAAGUGGAGGUGGCGGUGGAUUCGGCGGCGGCUAUGGCGGUGGUUACGGCGGCGGUAGCGGAGGCUGGUCCAGCGGAGGCGGAGGCGGCGGCUGGAAGCUCGGCGGAGGCAGCAGCGGAUGGUCUAGUGGUGGAGGUGGUUGGAAACUCGGCGGAGGUGGAGGUGGCGGCGGCUGGAAACUGGGCGGAGGCAGCGGAGGUUGGUCUGGCGGUGGUAGCGGCUGGAAGAGCGGCGGUGGCGGCGGCGGCUGGUCCAGCGGCGGCGGCUCCUCAGGCUGGUGGUGAUCUUCUCUAUAGUACAAAUUCGACUUAAUAUAUUAUAACAUAUCAAACUA